AUGGUCCUAACAAAGCAGAGAUCACCUCGAAAUCCCGAUGACUUCCCGACUAUUCAGCUGUUUCUAUUAGCUAUUGUUCGUCUAGCCGAACCUAUCGCCCUCACCUCCAUCUUUCCGUAUGCCUGGGCCUUAGUCAAGCGGUUCAAAGUCGGCAACGAGCAAGAUGCCUCGUUCUAUGCCGGUCUCCUUAUAUCCUCAUUCGCCCUUGCCGAGGCGCUGAUGGGGAUGUUUUGGGGCGGGUUGUCUGAUAGAAUCGGUCGUAAGCCUGUACUCCUUGUAGGAUGCAUUGGAACUAUGUUCAGCAUGGUUAUGGUAGGAUUUGCUACAAACCUCUGGAUCGCCUUGAUCGGUCGAGCACUCGGCGGGCUCUUAAAUGGAAACAUCGCAGUUAUCCAGACCAUGGUUGGCGAGCUGGUCACCAAACCUGAACACGAGCCUCGCGCUUAUUCCGUGAUGCCAUUUGUCUGGUCCAUUGGAACAAUCAUUGGGCCAGCAAUCGGAGGAAUACUAGCAGAUCCCCAUGCGUCUUGGCCUGAUACGUUCCCGAAAGGCACAAUUUUCGCAAACUUCCCAUAUCUCCUUCCCAAUCUCUGUUGUGCUGCUCUUCUAAUGAUUAGCAUUUGCUUGGGAUAUUUUUUGCUCGAAGAAACGCACCCUGAUAUGGUUCCACGGGUUAUGCUACCCGAUGACACCUAUGUUUCCGACGAGACUCCCCUCAUAGAAACCUCAGAUGCGAUUAAGCAACCAGCUGUUGAUCUACGUUCUGAGACGUACGGGACUUUUCGGGGCAGGGAGAGCGGUGAAUUCAAUCGCGAUGCGAUUUUCUCGAAAGUGCCAGAAAAGAAUGGCGACUUCACUAUCUUCACUAAGCGCAUCAUAGCUCUAGUCGUUGCGCUCUCUAUCUUUACCUAUCACUCGAUGACUUACGACCAUCUCCUCCCCAUAUUCUUUGAGGACGAUAAAGUUCCCAUCAACAAUGCUCCAGAAGAGGGUUUCUUCUCCAAAUUUAAUCCCAUUUACUCACCCGGUGGUUUGGGCCUAUCCAUGCAGUCCGUAGGGUUUGUAAUGGCGAUUAAUGGAGCUAUUGCACUCUUCGUUCAAGUUGUUAUUUUCCCUAUAGCCGCCGAAAAGAUCGGCGUUUUCAGGCUCUUUAUUAUUGUUACCGUCCUCCAUCCGAUUGCCUACGUCAUUGUCCCUGCCCUGGUCCAUGUGCCGGACUCCCUCCUAUACCCCGGGAUUUACUUUUGCUUGACCGUCAGAAACAUCUUCUCUAUCAUCUUAUAUCCUCUACUCCUCAUCCUUAUUAAGGACGCAACUCCUAGCUCGUGCGUACUUGGCAAAGUGAAUGGCCUCGCAGCUAGCGCUGGAGCAGCUUGCCGUAUGAUAGCUCCGCCUGUGGCUGGUUAUCUCUACUCGAUUGGGUCGCAGAUUGACUGCACUGGUCUUGCAUGGUACGGCAGUGCUCUUGUCGCCAUAAUUGGCGCUUUCCAGUGUUUUGCAGUCAAGCGAGAACGAAACGAGAUCGUCUCAGAGGAGACUGGAGCAAUGAUUAAGAAGCAUCGUGCUAUUGUGACGACUACCGAGACAAAUGAUGACGAGCUGUGA